UCCCACCCUUCCCCCCCUCACGUUUCCCGCCUUUUUCCCCCUCACAUUUCCCGCCCUUUUUUACCUCACGCUUCCAGCACUUCUUCCUUCACACUUCUGACCCUUUCCCCCUCACAUUUCCAUCCCUUUUUUCUCUCACCUUUUCCCACCCUUUUCCCUUCACCUUUCCCCCUCAUUCCCUCCCAGGUUCUCACGUGUGGAGACAUCAGAGACAUCUCCUCACCCCAGACCCACCAUGGACUGGUUCCAUUGCUCUCGCUGCUUCUGCCAGGAUGGUGCCCGGUUCACCAUCACCACCUGUGGCCACAUCCUGUGCGAGGGCUGUGGGGGCACAGGUCCCUGCGCGGUCUGUGCCACCACCUGCCACUACCUGCCUCUGUCCCAGCAGAUGCGCCCAGAGGAGAAGGUUUUCUUCAAGAGCCCAGUGGCUAUCGCCCUCAAACACCUCACCCAGAUCUCACAGGUGUGGCGGUUCCAGAUGGCACAGGCGCGGCUGCUGGUGGACUUGCACCAGGACAGAGCUCGGCGGGCGCAAGCAGAGCUGGAGAAGGCCAGAGAGGAACUGGGAGAGAGGAGGAGGGAGCUGGAGUCACUUCGCCAGGAGACUGUGGAGCUGCGCCGCAUGCAGCUCUCCCCGGGCUGGCGCUGGAGCAGCCGUAGCAGCACCCCCCGUCCCUCCCCCACACAGUCAGUCACUCCCCAGCCCCGCCGGCAGCUCAGCAGCCAAGUGGUCAGCCGCUUGCCCCCAUUGGAGCCCCCCCAGUCCCGCAGCACCCCAGGAUGGCAGGCUGGCAUAGCCUACAGAGAUUUAGGGAACCCUCUGGCCUCCAGUGUGGUGACCCCUCUGGCUGGGACAAGCCAUGGGCAGGGCUCUGCUCUGCGGCCGGCAAGGGGCGAGCGCUCCCGGUGGAAUCCAAAUCCACGAUCAUAAAGGAUAAACAAGCACCUCUGAAGGGAUCUGAGGCUCCUGGACAGGAGCUCCGGGGCUUCCCUGAAGUGACUGGGGGCACAAGAAAUUAAAAAUUAUUUUGAAAUGUGUCAAUUUG